AUGUCACUCUCAAUUAAAAAUAUAGUGGAUUUGAAGAAUGAAUUAGCAAAAGAGAUCAAAACAAUAGAAAACGAUAGCGAAAUAUUUACUCAAUUAAAUAAUGCUCAUUUACGUAGACCAAAAUAUGAAAAAAAUCUAUCGAAUAAUGAAUUGAAAAAUGAUCUUGGUACCUUAACCUCGUUAGUUUCAUCACAACUUUUUUUUAACAAAGUGAAAAUAUCUCGAUUAGCUUGUUCGAAAAUUCUCGAUCAUACGCUAAGAGGAGGUAAUGUUGAAGUUAUGGGGAUGUUAAUAGGCACAACUGAUUAUACAGAAUUUAUUAUAUAUGAUAGUUAUGCUUUACCUGUGGAAGGAACAGAAACAAGAGUCAAUGCUCAAUUAGAAUCCUACGAAUAUAUGGUCAGUUAUGUUAAUGAGAUGUUGCAAGGUCAAGGAAAUUCUCACAGAACAGUCAUUGGUUGGUAUCAUUCACAUCCUGGUUAUGAUUGUUGGCUCAGUUCAAUUGAUAUGCAAACUCAAAACUUAAAUCAAACUUAUCAAGACCCCUUCGUAGCAAUAGUUGUAGAUCCACAUAAAAGUUUAAAAGAGAAAAAAUUAGCCAUUGGUGCAUUCAGAACAACAAUAAAUACCGAUGAUGAUAAUAUAGAGUCUCUGAAUAAUACAAAUGAAACCAUUGAUCCCAAUAUUGGUACUGCUGAAUCACCAAAAUUAUCUUCAUAUGAAUUAAAAGUAGAGAUAUUUGAAUCAAAAUAUGACGGCGCACUAAAUAACUCUAAAAUGAAAUUUGAACGCCCAAAUAUCGAUAAAACAAAAAGAACUAUAUUAAUGGAAAGGGUUGUUGAUAAUUUACUUCAAUGGAAUAAUUAUGACAGAAAUAACGCUGAAAAUCAAGAUCCUACUACUAGAAGCAUUGUAGGCACACGAACUAAUUUGGAGCCGUAUUCUGGACCGCAUACUAGUGGUACAAGAUCUGCAUCAAUUAUUAGCUUAUCAUCUACAGCCAACACCAGUGAUGUAGAUAUGGAAAAUGGUCAAACAGAUGUAAUUGGUAGUCCAACUAGUAGUGUUAAUACUCUCGAUCAAGUCUUUUUUAACUUCCAGAUCUGCUCCGACUAG